AUGUGCAUACACAGAAUGGCAGCACAGGUGUGGAGGUCAAAUUGCCACGCCAUUUUCACGAAAACUUGACGAAAUGUAGUGUUUGCUAAAUUACUAAAUUAUAAAAUACGAAUUUAUCGAAUUUCUCUGGUUAAGUUUGAAAAAUGGCUUUACACUCUGACGAUUUAAAAAUGGAGGCAAAUGGAUCUCGUUUGAACAAGCUUAUAAUAAAUAAAGGAACACAAGCCUUGAGAGAAACAUUGCAAUCUCUUAUAAAACCAUCAAAUUUACGUGCCACACUUAAUGAUCCUCGUACAAAGAGGAAAUUGACAUCACUAAAACGCAAAGUCAUCUCUUCAGGGGAUUGGGAUCUUCUUUACCCAGCAACUGGUUCUCCGGACGUUGAAAACUUUACUAUCACAUUAUUGUUUAUCUUAUUACGAAACUUAUGUGGUCUGAAUCCACCAGCUACUGGAUGGAAUGCUUUUCCUCCCUCUUCAGAUUUUUCAAUCUCAUCAGAUAUUGUAAGAAUAAGGUUUUACAGAAACAUAGUGAUGGGUCACAUAACUACAACUAGUCUUGAUGACAGCGAGUUUGAAGGAUUGUGGAAAGAAAUAUCAAGAGCAUUGGUUGGUCUGGGUAUUCAACAAGCUGAAAUCGAUGAAUUAAAGUAUGCUCCACUCAGUCCCCAUGAGGCCUAUUACAGAGAAAUGUUGAAAGACUUGCAAACAAAACAUGAACUGGAUCUGCCAGAUGAUAAUAGUUCCAACAAACUUACACCAGAGGAAAUCGAAAAAGUUAGUCAGAAAGUUGCAACUAGAUGGAAUCGACUGAGUUUACUUCUACAAAUACCUUCAGUCCAAUUGAAAGAAAUUUCUUCAAACCACGUAAAAUAUCCAGAUCCUUCCGCAAAGUCUAAAAAGAUUUUGGAGAUCUUCAAUGAGCAAACGAACUUCGAUCGACUUAUAUUGAAUAAUUGUCUUAAAAAAAUACAACUUGAUUUGGAUAAAAUUUUAUCUCCACCAAAACAGAUCUUGCAUGAAAUUGAAGCGCGUUCUUCAAGAAUUUAUCAAGGAACAAGUGAAGCCAGGAGUAAAACUCAUGCCUUUUUACUCACAAAUCAUAAGUAAUUGAAUGCAAACCUCGGGUUAACUAUUCAACAUACGCAAAAUGACGAGUCUUUAAGUGGGAUGACAAAACACAACCUACUGAUGCAUAGGUGAAGGUAAAGUAGAGUAUGUUAGUAGAGGGCAGAGGGAGGUGUCAGAAAGUGAUGUUUACAGAGAAAAACCAUGGAGAUGCGCUGUGAAUGGACAAGUGGAAGCUUUAUGUUUUGAUGUGUUGUUGCCUAUUUUCUCGAUAUGAUUUAUGGCAAAGUAACAGAAAGAGAAACAUGUAAUCAUUUACUGUUGAAAUUUUACGUGUGCGAGGAAGUCAUAUGUCCUGCAUUUUUAUAAGAAAUAGAUAUAGCUAUAUGACGAUAGGCGUAUCAACAAUCGGGUUAAAAAAUGCAUGAUUUGAGAAAUAAAGUAUUUGUAUUUAUUGCUUGUUAUAGAAGCAAUGUUUCAACACUAGAAAGAAAUUUCGUUUCAUAUUAUAUACAUUUUACGCAUA